UAUGCACAUGAUCUACAAAAUAAAUAAACCAAUAAAACAAAUCAAUAAAUGGCACAGAUGAUUAGUCAUAAUUGGUAAGUAUUUCUGCUUAUGCAAUUCAGUCGUCAGUCCCUUUCUAUAAUCAUCCAACCGCAGCUCGUCUUCGCCUAAAGCCCCCUGCCCACCUCUCACUGCCCACCGAGACGGCCGAGCCCAGACCGCUUUUUUUUCCCUUUCCCCCUCAGACGGGGGAGUGAAGGGUUGGGACCAAAUAAUACCGAUUGGCUCGAUGGAAGAAAAGGGAAUAGACGAUGCCGCAGCCUGCCUUCAGAAACAAGUCUACUUUCGCACUUGGGAGGAUUUCUACCUUACAUAAACGCACUAAAUCGACCCCGUUUUAAGAAUCCGGAGAUUGACUGGUAAAAAUCGCAGGCAACGCUCGUAAAACAUCUAUGUCUCCUAUGUUGGUAACGGGAGUCGGGGAAGAAAGAGCGCAGCAAUCAUAAUUAUUUCUAUCAUUAGUAUAGCUGGAGAUCCGGACCGUGAAGAACGAGACGGAUGGGCUGGAAUUUAAAAGGCGCUCCGUCAACGUUCACGAGUGCAUCUGUUCAAACGAGCCCUGGCAGAAUGAGGCAGCCUUCAACGCCCUGGAUUUAAGUGCAACUUCGCCUCCUUCUUUUACCCGACUCGCCUUUCUUUUCUAAUGAAUUCUAUUAGCUGCCGAGGAGCAUGUCUUCGAGGAAGAUUUCUUCGGAAUCGUUCAGCUCCGUGGGUUCCGAUUACCCGGAGAGUCCCGACGACGGAGAGUGCCCCUUCUCUAGGGUGUUCUGGAACGGAAAGAGCCCCUCCGGGUCCCUAACGUGUCCCUUUGAAGAGGCCAUCGUAAGGAGGGUGCCCCGCAGGAGACGGGUCAACCUCGACUCACUAGGGGAGAGCCUCAGGAAACUCACCUCGCCAACGACGCCGACCCUCCAGCAAGCCCUUCAGAGAACACUACACUACUAUAAGCAGCAUGUCAUUCGAUACAAUGAAGAUGAAAAGGAACUGGAGAGAAUUUCCAGCAGAUGCCAAUACUUGGAGCGCUCAACUAAUGAGGACGUGGCAGAUGAUAUCUCAGGAAUUCUACAAUGCACCGCUACAUUACUUGGAGUGAGGUUUGAAGAGCUGCGGGAAAGAUUUGGUGAAGAGUUCUUCACCCUGUGCUUUGAAGAGAAUGAACGAGUCCUACGAGCUGUAGGUAGCACUCUGCAAGACUUUUUCAAUGGCUUUGAUGCCCUGCUAGAGCACAUAAGAACUUCGUGUGGCAAGAAGGUUUCAUCAGAGUCCCCUUCCUUUCUAUGCAAAGAACUGUCUGAGGAUAGCUCUCUGAUGCUCCAUUAUUUUCACCCUUUUCCCAUUGUUGGAUUUGCAAUGCCUGGAAUGAUCAAAGCUACUGCCAGCAGGAUUUAUAGCAUGGAGGUUCAGGUUGAGCAGGUUGUCAGUUCUGUGGGAAAAUUGGUUUUAGAUGGAUCAAACCCAGGUAACUCUAACUGCUUGUCAUUUCUCAUCAAGAUCUGCCAACUUCCAGAGCCUUCAAAGAACCCUCCUUUAAAGCUCUCUCGUUCUGCAUCUGAUCUGAAGAUUGGCUUAAGUACCUUCUACAGGGCAUUUCCGUUCCAUCUAAUGUUUGAUGCUCACAUGACACUCCUGCAACUUGGAGAAGGGCUCCGAAAACAGAUCAAAUGUGAAGUUCAUCGAUCUUUGAACUUUCAUGAUUGUUUUGAGGUUGUCUCUCCAAAAAUCCCCUGCAACUUCCAAGCAAUUCUCUUGAGGCUGUCCACCCCUUUUGUUAUAAGGACAAAGCCAGAAUCAUCUGAGCUAGGACAUCGAGAAAAAGUGAUGGAAAUCAAAGGACAGAUGAUACAUGUUCCUGAAUCCAGUUCAAUCCUUUUCUUGGGAUCCCCAUGUGUAGACAAACUGGAAGAACUGAUGGGUCGUGGUUUGCAUCUUUCAGACAUUCCCAUUCAUGAUAUGACCAGAGAUGUCAUCCUCGUUGGUGAGCAGGCUAGGGCUCAGGAUGGCUUAAAGAAACGUAUGGACAAGCUCAAGGCCACACUUGAAAAGACCCAUCAAGCUCUGGAAGAAGAGAAAAAAAAGACAGUGGAUCUCCUGUACUCAAUCUUCCCUGGAGAUGUGGCACAGCAGCUAUGGCAGGAAAAAACUGUGCAAGCUCGCAAGUUUGAUGAUGUUACUAUGCUGUUUUCAGACAUUGUGGGCUUUACUGCAGUCUGUGCUCAGUGCACUCCCAUGCAAGUGAUCAGUAUGCUGAAUGAACUUUAUACACGCUUCGAUUAUCAGUGUGGAAUUCUUGAUGUUUAUAAGAUAGAGACAAUUGGUGAUGCAUAUUGCGUGGCAGGUGGUCUACACAAGAAGAGUGACAGUCAUGCCAAACCUAUUGCCCUGAUGGCCCUGAAAAUGAUGGAACUCUCUGAGGAAGUACUGACACCAGAUGGGAAACCCAUCAAGUUGCGAAUUGGAAUCCAUUCAGGAUCUGUUUUAGCUGGAGUGGUGGGUGUGAAAAUGCCUCGAUACUGCUUGUUUGGAAACAAUGUCACUCUGGCCAGCAAGUUUGAGUCUGGAAGUCAUCCACGCUGCAUCAACAUUAGUCCAACUACAUACCAGCUAUUGAAAGGAGACAAAACCUUUAUCUUUGUUCCUCGGUCACGCCAGGAGCUUCCAGACAAUUUUCCAAAAGAAAUUCCUGGAAUCUGCUAUUUCCUAGAGGCCAGCUCUUCCCAAAAGUUGGGACUUUCAACAAGUGUGUCCAAUCCCGGUGCCACAACAACUCGGAUCAGGAAGAUCUCCUACAAUAUCGGCACCAUGUUCCUCCGAGAGACCAGUUUAUGAGGGACAGUUCAGACUGUAGAGAAACUGGGGGAACUCUGAGAAGUACAUGGCUUCAUAACAGCAGGACUGAAAUUAAGUUCACUUGAUAGUUCAUACAUUAAAGAACAGGUUUUUAAAUUAUACUCAGAGCACUGCAGGUAUUAACUAUUUAUUGUGUAAUUUGGUGCCUUGAACAGUACAUUCAGAGAUUCUUAAUUGCUUGCACAAAUAAGCCAUCCUGGACCACACUUUCAGAACAUCUGCUUUCUCCUGCAGUUGAACUGUAGCUUUCCUGCUUUCUCUUGUUAUGCUUUUUCCCAGCUUGUCUUCCUACUCUCUCCUAUCUGAACAGAUGCAAUGGGUGGCUUUUUUACCACAGCUCCAUGCCAGCUAGCUCUGCGUCUUUACAGUGGAAUAAUUUGUAUGGAUUUUCUGAUGCAGCAUCCCUUGGUAGCCUUGCUAAUGAUAAACUGGUAUGUGCUGUGACAGCAGCAUCUGACUUCUACUCCAUAAGUUGGUAGGGCCAUAACAAAGCUAAGCAAACAUGGCUGUUCCAUUGAUGCUCUGAGCUUGGUUCAUGCACCAGCCACUAUAAAUACCUAUGGCACAUCCGGAGCUAGAUGUAUCCAUCACUGUAAAGUUCAUCUAAAGUUCCAUCACCCUACACAUGAUUUUCUUUAGUAAAUUAAUAAAAAAAGUGAUCUAACCUCAUGGAAGUAUUUAGUAAAACAAGUAUAUUCACUACAGUGGUACGGAAUGUAAUUAUCAGUACUUGAGCUUUGUGAUUUUUGUAGUGGUAUCGGUUAGCAAAAAGACAUAAGAAUCUCAAGAAAACAAAAUGAGGCCAGCAACGUAAGCAAUAAGAUAUGAAAGUGUGUAGCUGACACUGUUCUGAUUCAGGCCUGAAAGGAGCUCUUUAGUGGAAGACAUGCUGAACUGUCAGGAACAAAAAAUGAACUGCAUUUAGGAAAAGGUUUUUGACUUCAAUUUAUAUUGAUGAAAUGAAUUUGCUUUCCAUUAGCCUAGUUAUUUAUAAUUCUGCUAAACUCUAAAUGGAAAGGUUUGUGCUCCCCAGCCAAUUAAUUCUACCAGACCUAUUUAAAUACCUGGUAACAACUACCUAAACCUUGCUGUGGUAGGGAAGUGUUAACUGGAGAAAAUGUUUCUUUUUUAAGGUAUGAUUUACACGGAUGUUACUUGUUGAUCAUAAAGUAUAAACAAAGAGAAAUGGAAGGUUUGUGGGGAAAAAGAUUUGAGACAUCUCUUGUUUUUACAUAUGAGUACACAUGAAACAGGACACUAUAUUCUGUACUCAGACAAUACCAGCAAAUUAAUCUGUUCAUAGACUACAGAGGUAAAAUGUCACCCUCGUAAGGUGAUUUAAGCAGUUUCACCUUUUCUCUACCAGCUGUGCAUGUGCUCCAACUUCUUCUCCUCCAGUAAAUACAGCAACAUUCUUAAUAGGAACAGCAGGAGCGAUACAAAUCCCUUGUGGGGAAAGCAGCAUAUAAGUACUCUCUGUGGGGUGCUUUCCUAUUUCCAGUGCAGCAGACAAACUAAAACAGGCCUUCUAAAUAAGUGAGGAACAACAGUCAAAUGAAAAUGAUUUUCUCAUGGGUGUACACUUUUGAAUGAAUUAUGCAAGACUACCUCUCUAUGCAGCUUUGGGCAGCAAUCCCAAAAAAUAAUUAUUCAUAGGAUGAAUUUGGAAGGUACCAGCGAUCAAAUUUUAAAAAUUACACUAUUGUCAAGAGAGCAGUCUGACCUUCUACUUUUAUACCCUGGAAAAACAGAAUUUACUAGAAGGCCUAAAUGAUUGAAUGAUGUUGUGGAACAAAUAUAGUAUACUUACUUCACUACAGUUUCCAUCCACCUUUCGUUUUACGGGCUAUAGAGGCAACGCAGUUAGUUGGACCAACAGUGAGACUUUAUUACAGCCUCCAGGUACUUGUAGGAAAGCACUUUGCAUAUUGUCAGGUGGCACAGUGGUAGUGCUGCUGCUUUGCAGUAAGGAGACUGUGGAAGAUUGUGGGUUCGCUUCCCGGUUCCUCCCUGUGUGGAUAGCGCUUUGAGUACUGAGAAAAGCGCUAUAUAAAUGUAAUGAAUUAUUAUUAUUUAUUAUUGUUUAACUCCUCACUCUAUCAUGAAGAGUGAGACCGGCUGCCCUAUAACGAAACCUAAUUCAAGCCGCUUAUAGUAUGGGCCUUGAACGCUCAGACAGGGAAUAACAGAGAUACCUGGAGAGUGGUGAUUUGGCUAAACAACCUGCAUAAUAUAAAUCUGAGCAGUGAAUAGUGAUUAGGUAUUUGUGCUAGUCGUGAAUUGUCCAGGUAGAAACGCACAUUUGCUCAUAAUUGUCACCAGUGUCAAAGUACCAUGGUCCAAAGAUCAUCCAUACACUCUGUAGUCAUGGCAAAUGAUUUGAGGCCAAAUGUUCUGAAUUCUUAGUUAUGGUGAGGUGCUGAGCUGUCAGCUCAUAGGUUAAACAGACUGUGCUUCUGCUGGGCAAACCUGGAAGACUCAAAUAGUUACUGAGGGUGAAACGUGAGUAACUAAUAGAUUUCUCUGAUCAGAUUUAACUUUUAUCUCUAAAACAAGUUUUCUUGAAUAUCAGGAAAACUUCAGAAUCAUGGAGGUGACUGCACAGAGCUGUAACCUAAAGUUGGUUGGUACCUGCCAUGGUGGCAGCUCUAGGGCCCAGUGAGGCCAUUUAUGGCAAAUUAAGCUAACAACUUAAAACAAAAAAAAAAAAAUAGAAUUGCCGGGAAUGGCAGUUUUUCAGGAUAGCCUACAGAUUCAAUUAAGAAAGUUGGCCUCCAUGGUAGUGAGUGAGGUGUUAGAUAGGUGGCAGUUUCUGUAUAUAGCCUCCUCAGUGACGCAUUGUCUGUAGUUGGACCCAUUUCUAUGGCUUAGGCCACUGCGUGGGUAGUAAGACGGCUGCGAACAUGUUUAGGAUUUGACCUGGUUUCAUUUUACGUGUCAAUUUAAUUUUGCUUGGAAGUUAGAAACAGUAAGGUGGUACCUGUAUUUAAAAUGAGAGACAAGAGACUGUGUUCCAAUUACUGAGGGAACACAUUUCCCAGCACACAUGGGAAGACCUGUGUCAAGGAAACUGAUAGAUAAACCUGGAAGAACAACAAAGGUUUCCAACAAAAGUUUCAUUCUGGCUAUGGAACAAUGGACCAACUCUGUGUUAUGUAGAGUUUGCCAAACCAUGCUACCUGUGGUUUGCAGAUCUGGAGAAGACGUCUUCUUGAAUUUCCCAUGGUGUCUUUUGAAAGGGGAGUUUAUGCUGCAAGGCUUGUGUUUGUCUAUUUGGUGUUGUCAAGUCCGUUUAAAGUUGGUGUAGAAAUCUGCAAAGUUUGCUGCUUGUUUUGUGGAAGAUAUCAGGGUGCAACCAAGGAUUGGUAGGUGGCUAGUUUGAGGGCCUGAGGCUUGCAUUUAUACUAAUACAUGGAUGAUGCUUUCAUUGUUACCCUCAUCAAACUCUGAUCUUUGGCAAGCACUAGUGUAGUUUAUAGCUAAGUGUUAUAAUAUAAUAUAAUAAAACUAGAAAAAGGGCCUGGUCACUGCGUUGAGUUAAAAUAUUUACCUUAUGUUAGCAAUUGUUUUCAGUGGGUGCUCCUGUCUCCUUCCUUCCUAAGACAUUUACUGAAUGUUCAGUUAACUUAUUAUUCUAAAUUAGUCAGUUGUGGCUGCUUAAAUGUGAGUGGGCCUUGUAAUAGACUGGCAUCCCAUCCAGGAUUGAUAUCUGGCCAGUGUUACCAACAAAGACUCCAACUCCUCAAAAACCUGUCAUGAAAAAUGCAGGUUCAAAAGCAAAAAUAUUUUAUUAUAAUAAUUAUAUAAUAUUAUAUGGGCUGAGGUGAUGAUGUGAUAACAUAUAAGAACCUGCUUAUUCUAUUGGUGAGCCUCAAGAAAGCUGAAGCCUAAUCUGAUUGAAUAAAGGGUAAGGACGGAGUGCCAGUCCAUUGCAGAGCACAUUCUUAAAACAUAGGUUCUUGCACACAACACAGAGCUGACAGAGGUUUGACGUGAAUCCAGUCCUCUAGCUGUGAGUCACCAUCUAUUAUAUUUUCUGUUCAUCCAUCUUCUAUCCAGUUCAGAGUAGGGGGAACAGGUGCUUUCCCUAAAAAGAGUGAGUGCAAGGAACAAUAUGACCCUGGAUUGGGACAUUGCUUCCAGAAUUGCAACAUUUGUGGAAACAAGUAUGUCAGAAAACAUCUCACAGAAAUCAGAGAAACACUUUCUUAAAGUUUACUUUUUUUAUUGGAAUCAUAUUUCUUCACAGAAUUUUUGACUAUUAGUUUUAUAAAAUGAUUAUUGAAAGAAACUAACCUCAAGUGUUUGCAGCUACCAUGGUCACAGAGAUGUUUUAUAGCAGAAGAGGACACCUACUUUAAAGCUCAGCCACAUAAGGUGAAAGGCUGAAGACCGCAGGCGUUUAAAACGUGUUAGUCUUCCCUGUGAACUGGUAUGUGAAAGAAUUUGGUAGUUUUCCUUAUUCACAGAAAGAAAAAACAUUUAGGUGUGCAGUUUAAAAAAAUUGAAAAGUGUCCGGAAAUUCCUAGGAAAAAAAUUAAAUCAAAAGUAGGAGUGAGUAUUGGUGUUUCUUCGUGUAACAGUGUAGCUUCGAGUGUUUCAACCCCUUAAGUAUACCCUUGCAUUAUAUUUGUGCAUAUGUGUUUUUUCUGUCUCUACACAUGGUAAAUAAAUAUACUGUUUACACAGUAUUCUUUAGAAGAUAGUAUGUGAUUUGAUGUAAUAUGAUUUAAUGUAACAAGUUAUUCAAAUAUUAUAUCGUAAAUCCUCCCUUUUAACCACAACCAGCACUAAAUAGAGACAUUGUUUCCAGUUUUAAAAUGUUCAGAAAGUGAUACAUUGAGGACACCAGACAGCGUAACAGCACUGUCAAAUUACACUAGAAGGUUGGCUGUCUGGAGAAUUAGACAAACUUUGGCUUAACUGACUUCUUUUCUUGUACUGAAAUAUAUUUCCUCUUAUUUGUAUGUUCAAAAUUAUGCAUUUGGCAAUGCUGAAACCCCUUGUCACCUUGAGGGUAGGAACCAAAGAGGAAUUUUGUGAGACCUAUUAUACAGAUUUAUGUAUACCAAUGUACAGUACAUACUAUGGUCGUGAGUUAGUGAUUCUCCUAUAUGUGAGUACACACACACACACGUACAGAGUAGAGCAAUGGUUUAUAUUAUGACUGAGCUAAAUUCUUAAGUGUUCCUUAUGUUUACAGUUGUGUCACUGCAUGCCAGUAAAAUCAUAAAC